GUCUGUGGUCACACUGGCCCGCCGCAGUUUGCAAUUUUGUAGUUGGCGAAACAUAGAAACAAAAACCAGAACAACACCAAGCGCGUGCUGCACAAUUCUGCGGACAUUCGGCGAGGUCUUCCGGUCGUCGGCGUUCAGUUCCAGAUUUUUGGCGUCGCUGACCCGCAAGCCGGGCGAGUUGGUUUGGAGAAGGAGGGACAAGAUGUCAGAGCCACCGGAUGGCGGCAACAGAAAAGCUGAGGAGAAGACGGAGAACAAAUCAGAAAAUCCUUCCGAGUCCGAUGGGGAUAGGAGCUCCACAUGCUCUCCGGAGCAAACGUGGCGCGGGCAGCCGAUAGAAGCCAUACAUCGGGGACUGCACCUCUUUCAGCUGGAGCACCUGGGCCCGGUGACGCCCAGCAAUCAUCACAGAGUUCUCUACCAAACACCCAUCCGCGAGCCGCCGGAUCAGCCGCCGCGCCCGCACAAGGCUCCUGGCAAAUGGGACUCGGAGCAUGUUCGCUUGCCGUGCGCCCCGGAGAGUAAAUAUCCGCGGGAAAAUGACGACGGCACCACCACUAUCGAUUCUCGUUGGGAGAUGAUCGAACGCGCCCUGCUCCAGCCCAUAGAAACCAGCGAGGAGCUCCAGGCAGCCAUUCUGUCGUAUAAUACCACCUACCGGGGCCAGUGGGAGUUCCGGGCGCUGCAUCAGUUGCUGGAGGAGGAGCUGGACGAGAGCGAGUCGCGGGUGUUCUUUGAGGAUCUGUUGCCGCGCAUUAUACGGCUGGCGCUGCGCCUGCCGGACUUGAUUCAGGCCCCGGUCCCGCUGCUCAAGCAGCAUCACACGGCGUCGUUGUCGUUGAGCCAGCAGCAGAUCGCCUGCCUCCUGGCCAAUGCCUUCCUAUGCACCUUUCCACGCCGGAAUACCCUCAAGCGGAAGUCGGAGUACAGCACUUUUCCAGAUAUUAACUUUAACAGACUCUAUCAGUCCUCGGGCCCGGCCGUGCUGGAGAAGCUCAAAUGCAUUAUGCACUAUUUCCGUAGGGUCUGUCCCACGGAGAGGGACGCCAGCAACGUGCCCUCGGGCUGCGUGACAUUUGUGCGGCGUAGUGGGAAGCCGGAGCACCAGGUGGACUGGAGCCAGAGCGCCGCGCCGCUAGGAUCUGUGCCCCUGCACGUGGACGCAGCGGGAACGAUCGAGGACGAAGGCGUGGGACUGCUACAGGUGGACUUUGCCAACAAAUACCUUGGCGGAGGUGUGCUGGGUCACGGUUGUGUCCAGGAGGAGAUCCGGUUCGUCAUAUGUCCGGAGCUGCUGGUGGGGAAACUCUUCACGGAAUGCUUGCGACCCUUCGAGGCCCUGAUCAUGUUUGGAGCGGAGCGCUAUAGCAACUAUACGGGCUAUGCUGGAACGUUUGCCUGGGCGGGCAACUACGAGGAUGCCACGCCCAGGGACUCCUCGCGUCGUCGUCAAACGUCAAUAGUGGCCAUUGAUGCUCUGCGCUUUGCCCAGGCCGAGCACCAGUACCGCGAGGACUUGAUGGAGCGGGAGCUGAACAAGGCGUACAUUGGAUUCGUUCACUGGAUGGUCACGCCGCCGCCGGGAGUGGCUACGGGCAACUGGGGCUGUGGCGCCUUCGGCGGUGACCCCUACCUGAAGGCCGUUCUCCAGCUGAUGGUCUGUGCCCAGCUGGGCAGGCCCCUGGCCUACUACACCUUCGGCAACUGCCAGCUGAGAGAUGACUUCCACGAGAUGUGGCAGUUCUUUAGGAGCUCCAACGCCACCGUCCAGCAGGUUUGGAGUGUUCUGAGGAGCUACGUGCAGGCGAGGGAUCAGAAAAAGAGCAAGCCGAGCAAAAUGAGGCUCUACGAGUUCAUAAAGGAGGAAUUAAAAAAGGGUGGAGCUGCCGGAGGGGGCGCCCCUGGAGGGUCGGUAUCUGCAGCGGCAGGAGCGACUGCAGCUGCUUCCGGAUCCCAGGCAACGCGUACCAAGAAACAGAAAACCAGUCCAUCAGCAGCGAGUAACCAACCAAGUCACCAAGCCAGCAGUAACCAACAGAGUCCAGACAUUUUCGCUUCCCAAUCGUCGCAGGACAACUCCAACUCUUCGCAGGAUCAAGUUGCCCUGCUGCUGUCCGACGACGAGGAGGCCAAUGCCAUGAUGAUGGCCGCCAGUUUGGAGGCGAAAGCCAGCGACGAACUAGGAACGCCGGCCAAAGCCACCAACGUGAAAGGCGGAGGAGCAACUGCGGGAUCGGGGGCGGGCGGAACUCGCCAGCUGACACUCCUGGAAAUGCUGGACACGCACUACGAACAGGGUCAGGCCUCCAAGCGGCCGCGCCCCUCGCCCAACUGCCCGAAGGCCGGCGGCCAGGGGCCCGCGAAGAGUCGCAAGGAGAACGACGAGGAUGUGGAGGCCAGUGGCAAGUAGCGGCAGGAUCCAAGCACUCGGAAUCAGGACUAAGUGAUACUAAUGUAAAGGAUUUUAACUAAAGUAGUGCGACGACGAGAGAGGGGGCUGUUAGUCCUUGAAGUUGUUAAUUAUUUUUGAAUUUCCAAACUUACCACUUUAGAGAAUUAGUUUUAAUAUUUUUUUUUUUGGAUUUAAAUCUAGUUACAAUUGUUAAAAAUAAAAACUGUAACUACCAAAGAAGGACUUUUUUUUUCAUAAACAAAGGUACUAACUAAGUAUAAUUGUUGUAACAUAAGUUAAGCUCAAAUAUUAGAUCUAUAAUCUAUAUAGCUUCGAAUCUUAUAUUCCCAGACUUAUAAAUGGAGUUUGCUGUCAUUAUCAAUGUGCGUUGAUUAAACAAUAUAUUAAAAUAAUAUAUAAACCAAAAGAUUAUGAAAGGAUUAUAGUUAUAAUCUGUGAUGAGAAUUUGGAAAACUCUAUCGAAGAGAAUGUUACGAAAGGACCCCCUGCUUUUGUCUUCCUCUCUCGUUGUUUUAGAUUCUAGUAUCUAGAUCAUAGUCUGUAGUAGAAACCAACUCCCACAUAGUGUAAAGAAAGCGUAGUCAUACCGUUAGUAAAGAGUUUCUUUUUUUUGUGUGAA